AUGGGUAUAGAAAAAUGUCUACAGAGAGCCCGAUCGUCUGUGUUUUGGCCCAGAAUCUCAGCCGAUAUUACUACCCUGGUUUCGAACUGUGAUGUAUGUUUGAAACAUAGAUACUCAAACAGUAAGGAACCCCUUCAACCUCACCCCAUACCUGAUUACCCCUGGCAGGUAGUAGCAAUUGAUCUUUUUGAGUGGGACGACAAGAAUUUCCUUAUUGUCAGUGAUUACUAUAGUCGUUUCUUCGAGGUUGUCCAACUUCGUGAUACUAAGAGCAAAACUGUUAUACAGAAACUGAAAAGCAUGUUUUCUCGACUAGGUAUCCCCCAGAAAGUCAUAUCAGACAAUGGCCCGCAAUAUUCUUCUCAAGAAUUUGCUACAUUUGCAACAGAAUAUGAUUUUGUUCAUGCUACCUCUUCUCCCAGACACCCUCAGUCUAACGGGUUAGCCGAGAAGACUGUUCAAAUCGCAAAGCGCAUAUUUGAAAAGUCCAAGACUGAUGGCCGUGAUCCCUACCUUGGCAUACUUGAAUACCGCACCACCCCUCUUGAUAUUGGGUAUUCUCCAUCAGAACUAUUACUCGGUCGACAGUUGCGCUCAGUAUUGCCUGUUCUUACUGAUCAGCUUAUACCCAAGGUCAUCAACCACAACAAUGUCAAGAUCAAACUUGGUCAGAGCCAUGCACAGCAAAAGUUUUAUUUUGAUAGACAGACUAGACCCCUUCCGCCCGUUGAGAUAGGCGACAGUGUGCUAUUUCAGCAAAAUGACAAACUUUGGAAACCUGCCACCAUUAUUUCCAAAGUAGAUAAUAGGUCAUAUAUUGUAGGCACUCCAAACGGAGGUACAUAUCGUAGAAAUAGGGCCCACUUGCUGAAAACCAAUGAGGCGAAUGAAGCAUGGGACCCAGCACUUCCUAUCUUUACAGAACCUAGUGUUGACACUCAUGACACAUCAUCCAAACCAGCAACACAGGCAUCUCCAUGCAAACCAGCCAUUCAUUCACCCAAAUCACCUCGCACACACACUGACAACAAUCCCUACAUUACACGCUCUGGCAGGGUCAGCAUCCCCAAGAUAAAACCCUCCAUGUAA